AUGACCAACUCCGGUCAACGUCACUUUCCUGCAACUAUGAGCGAAGUAAAAGACGAACUUCGGCCUAGCAAAUCCGACGUCGAUCGAGUUUAUUCCCAAACCUUACCAAAAUGGUCAUCGUACGCCCAAAAAUCAUAUCAUGAACGAGAAUUUACGGCCAACACCCUACACCUUCCAAAUAUUCUUGGGAAAGUUCCGUCAUAUCUCGGACAUGAUAUUUCUGGGACACAGACGCGCAACGAAAAUCUGGAGUUUGACCUAUAUACCAGGUCGUUCCCAGGUUACCCAUCGACCCUUUUUGUCAACGGCACAUCUCUGUGGAAGGUGGGUGAUGGAGAUUGCGAGCUUCGCGAGAAGACUCUGUCCCAUCAAAUUCUUAUGGGUGUUCAGAAGCCGGUUUCUUGUUCGUUCUGGGAGGAUGGGCGGUUUGCGGAUUGGUCGGAAGAUGGCUCGACGCAGACAGGAGGUGGUAAUUGUCUUGCUAUCUUGGUUUUUGCUUGGGCGUAUGUACUCUCUGCGCGCUGAGUGGAGAUUCAGAAAGAGUCGGGGUCAGAUUGUUUGAAGGAUUGUGUUAUAUAUUUGCCCAGUCAGGCAGGAUGGAAAAACGAUACCAAUGAGAGCUUGCAAGGAGCUAUCGACAUUAAUCUUGGGGAUGUUAGUAUCUCUGCUGCACUAUGGUGGACCGCAAUUCUAGCCAAGGGGGAAGGUUGGCGAGCAGAGAUCAACAGGGACGAUGCCGUUUAUCAGUCGCCAUGGUCUACAGCAUUUGUAGCAGCAGACUUCCAAUUCCGCCUCACGGGCACAAAUACUCCACACAGCUGUGUCACCAAAGUGUGUGUGCCACCAACCUCUGAAGUUGCCCUGGGCUAUUUGAUCGACUUCUGUUGUCUUCAUAAUGCAGGCAGCCAAUGUUCUGCUGCCUUGGCCGCUGCGUUGACCCUCCCCUCCGUUGGUAAUGCGAGCUUGCCAGUGCCUACUUCUCACGCCUCAUCUCCAUCAGACCAUAAACCAAAGUCACCUGAUUCUUCCUCAACAGCUAAACAGCUCAAGCAUAAAGAAAGGACGCUUACUGAUUUCCACCUCCUACCAUACUACAUGACAUUAAGCUGCAGCGGAAGAGCCAUCGAAGCCCUCCUCUGCAACACAUUCUUCAACCCCCACAUCCCCUGCAACCUCGUCAGCGCCUUCAUCCAACCCAUCUUCGAAGUCCUGCACCCCAUCAUCGCAGCAAAACACUACUCCAUCCUAGCCCUUACAUUAGGAAAAGCAAAAUCCAACAUCACCGCCCUCUGGACCGGGUCCCUCAUCACCGGCCCGGCGCACCAAAUCAUCCAACGCUGUCGAAACGGGUUUCCCACUGUCGAAAUGCAUUCCGCUGCUUGGACGGGUACUAUACAGACGUUUAUGAGUUUGGAUCCUCGGCCGGUUUGUGAUGAGAGGAUUGGGAGGGAUGAGGAGUGUAGGUUGCUUUUUCUUGGGGGGAGGUGUUGAAUUCUAGGGUGCCGGUUUGUGCGUGGAGGCCGGUUGGGAGGACGAGGGUUGGGGAGGUGGAGGUUUGUGUGCGGGUUCAUGUAAGUUGUGGUGGGGGUCAUUGUUUGAGGUAUGGGGGGUGGUUUUGGGGUGUGAGGGGUGGGGGUGGGGUAAGGGAUGUUGGAUUCUCGAGAUCUGGGUAUGGGCUGAGAGAGGAUAUUCUUCCUGUUAUAGAGGAUGUCCCAGUCCCAGUCCCAGUUGAACAGAUACAGAUUGAAGAGCCGAUGUAUAAAGAAGUGUCCGAGGAUAUCUCCAAGAUGACAACGAGGAGUAUAUUUGCUUGGUUAAGGAGUUAUGGGUGGCCUGUAAGCGAAAAGGGUAUUUAUCACCAUUCUUGGAUUUAUCUUGAUUUUUCGGACGAGGAGGAUUGGGAGGAUGAGGAUGUUAGUGAGUCUGGGAAGGUUAGGUAUUCGAGUGAGGAGAGGGAAAGGGUUGUGGGGUGGCUUGAGAGGGUUGAGGUGGGGUUUGAAAUGGAAUGA